CGCGCCUUCGACGUUGCUGCUGGCAAGAAAGAUAGUUCCUGCUCUACGCUGGCCGUUUCCUGUAAUCGUACAGUGUUGUGAGACGGAGAAAGCCAUGUGUGUCGACGCUAAGGGCAUCGAAGGACUUUCUUGGUGAAGGGCAGUUUCCGAGAGUAAAGGAGAGGAAGGAGGGUGGGGUGAACAGGAGGACCCUCUUUUCCUUUGCCUCCCUCCCCACCACGUUGUCCACCUGCCAUCCACUUCUGCUUGGAAAACUGGAGGGUAAAUGACUGGAGAGCUUGAUUUGCCAACUUGAAUCUUCCGUAGCAUCGCAGGCUGGGCCUUUUAUUUGCAUUCCUGUUUUUCAUAAACUCUUUGACAAGAUGGCGGAUCCAAUUAUGGACCUGUUCGAUGACACGCCACUGUUUAACCUGGACUCCCUGCCGGAGGAUGCCUUCUCUCAGGGUUCUUCAGACCCAGUUGAGGAAGCUCUAAAAUUGGCGCUGGGUCAGGUGGAUCCCCCUGUAGAUCCAGCCCCGGACACCAAUGUCUCUGUCCUUAGUGACCCUACCCCUGACCCUACCCCAGCUCCAGCACCUGCUGUUCCUUCUGUACUGAUCCAGACACAGCAGACAACCCAGGUCUCCCUCACCCAGGCGGUGUCUGUUGCUUCCGCUCCGGUUUCCGUUCAGGCAGUGCCUCAGACGUCUCUCCCCAUGGCCAGUAGCAGUGGUGCUUCGACUGCGGUUCUGCUGAGCUCCCCCUUGGCUGUGCCUGUGUCGGGGGCUCAAGUGACCACACAGCAGUUACAGCCCCAGCAGCUUACUGCAGUAACGCAACAGACUGCAGGGCAGGCAGCUCCUAAAAUAGUGAUUCUGAAGGGCCCUCAGGGUCAGGCCCAGGUGCUACAGAGCGUUACGGGAAAUGCGGGCUCACCAGGGAAGCUCACCAUUGCUCGAGUUCUGACAGGGACCCCUCUCAGGCCUGGAAUGUCCAUCGUCUCGGGGGGGACGGUAUUAAAUACUGCCCAGUCUGCACAGGGACAGGUGAAGGUUGGGACGGGUGUCCAGGAGCUGGUGCAGUCUCCAAACGGACCCGUCAAGCAGGUGCUGAUGGCCUCCUUGCCCCAGACGCAGUCACAGGUACAGAUACCUACACAGGCGCGGCUUGCUCAGACGCAGGUGACGCAGGUGCCACAGCUACAGCUUCAGACCCAAGCACAGCCAGCACAGGUGCAGACACAGGUCCAUGUGCAACCCCAGACGCAGGCCUCAGUGCAGGCACAAGCCCAAGCACAGGUCGCUUCUACAGCUGGAAGUACAGCAGCAGUUCGACCACAAGGAGUCACCCUGUCCACGGUCCCUCAACAGGGCGAAGCGAAGAGAAUCACGCUGGUGCUGCAGCAGCCAUCUCAAGGUGGGACUGCUCAAGCAGGAGCAGUGACUCUUGGCACCACUCCAGCUUCAGGGCCUGGGCAGCAGGGCCAGCAGCCCAGGCUGGUGUUGGGCUCUCUGCCGGGGAAGCUGGUCCUUCAGGGGGGCCAGCUGGCAGCUCUCACCCAGGCUAGAGCAGGUCAAACAGGGGCACAGCCAAAAGUGCUCACCAUCCAGCUGCAAGUGCAGCAACAGCCCAACCAACAGGGAGCCAAGUUUCAACUGGUUUCUGGAACACCUAAUGCGAGUGGUAGCCCCCAGGUGGUUCAGAUCUCUCAAGGCCAAGGAGGACAGAGAGUGGCGGUGCCUCUUAAACUACUGCUGCAGCCACAGACAAGCUCAGCUUCCGGUGCUGGGGGUGCUGUUUCUGUGGUCAAAGUCAUCAAUACCUCAGCUGGCUCUGCUGCUAGCUCUGGCACCACAGCUGCCUCGACCGGUGUACGUGUGGUAAAGGCCCAGGAGCCCCUACGGAAAGUGGAGACCCUGUGCAAGCAAGAGAAAGCCAAUCGCAUUGUGGCUGAGGCCAUUGCUAGGGCCAAGGCCAGAGGUGAGAGGAACAUCCCGCGCGUGCUCAACCAGGACGAACUGCCUACUGGGCAGACCUCCGCUGACCUAGAGGGUGCUGCGACUCCCGUUGGGGCCAAGAAGAAAAGCGGAGGAGGGAGCAAGAAGAAAAGCCCUACCUCAAGUGCCACUGGGAAAGUCGCGGCCAGUGGAGAAAAGAAGGUUAAGGUGAAACCGGCUGGGGCUGUGGUGGCUGGAGGAGCAGGAGGCGGAGGCAGUGGCAGUAAGAGUAAAAGCAAAGCGAAGCCGAACACCAUUACUCUGGUGGGUUUAAAGAAAAGGAAGAGGAAUGCGUCUUCUGACCAUUCAGAUGGGGAACUCAGCCCACCUGCCUCACCUCGCACACAAGAGGAGGAUCUCUCCCAGAUGAGACGUUCUAAUCGUCAAGUGAAAAGAAAGAAGUACACGGAGGACUUGGACAUUAAAAUCACGGAUGAUGAAGAUGAGCAAGACGAGGAUGUGGAUGUGACCACCCCAGCAGUCUUGCCUGCAGGGCACUCUCAGUCUACCGGGCUUGAGCUUCAAGAGCAAGAUGCGGACGGCCUUCCCAGCAUGCAGUUUUUUGUGGAAAAUCCGAGUGAGGAAGAUGCUGCGAUUGUGGAUAAAGUUUUGUCUAUGCGUCUGACCAAAAAGGAGGUGUGCCCAGGACAGUAUAUCACCGUUGAGGAAUUUUUUGUCAAAUACAAAAACUACUCUUACUUGCAUUGUGAAUGGGCCAGUAUGGAGCAGCUUGAAAGGGACAAGAGGAUCCAUCAGAAGCUGAAGAGAUUCAAGACGAAACAGGCUCAAAUGAGACAUAUCUUCCAUGAGGAUGAGGAGCCUUUCAAUCCAGAUUAUGUGGAGGUGGACCGAAUCCUGGAUGAAUCCGUCAGUGUAGACAAAGACAAUGGGGAGGUUACCGUGGUGUACUACCUAGUGAAGUGGUGCUCUCUGCCCUACGAAGACGCCACCUGGGAGCUGAAAGAAGAUGUAGAUGAGGGAAAAGUAGAGGAGUUCAGGAAGAUCCAGAGUCGACAACCGAGAAUCAAGAGAACUCCCCGGCCACCUGCAGGCUCCUGGAAGAAGCUGGAUCAGUCUCGGGAGUACCGUAACGGGAACACGCUCAGAGAGUACCAACUAGAGGGAGUCAACUGGCUGCUCUUCAACUGGUAUAACAGGCAGAACUGUAUUCUGGCAGAUGAGAUGGGUCUGGGUAAAACUAUCCAGUCAAUUGCUUUGCUGUCUGAAGUGUUCGCUGCUGGGGUUCAGGGACCCUUUCUGAUAAUCGCCCCUCUCUCGACCAUCACUAACUGGGAGCGAGAAUUCUCCACGUGGACCGAAAUGAAUGCUAUCGUCUAUCAUGGCAGUCUGGCCAGCAGACAAAUGAUCCAGCAGUAUGAGAUGUAUUGCAAAGAUGAUAAGGGGCACCUGAUUCCAGGAGCGUACAAGUUUGACGCUCUGAUCACCACCUUUGAAAUGGUUCUGUCUGACUGCCCAGAGCUGAGAGAGAUCUAUUGGCGCUGUGUGAUCAUCGAUGAGGCUCACCGCUUGAAGAACAGAAACUGCAAACUUCUUGACAGCCUGAAGAUGCUGAACUUGGAGCAUAAAGUGCUUUUGACAGGUACUCCUCUUCAGAACACAGUGGAGGAGUUGUUCAGUUUGCUGCACUUCCUGGAACCUGCACAGUUUCCCUCAGAAACUGAGUUUCUGCGUGAAUUUGGAGAUCUCAAAACAGAGGAGCAGGUCCAGAAACUGCAGGCUAUUCUGAAACCCAUGAUGCUGCGGAGGUUGAAGGAGGAUGUGGAGAAGAACCUGGCACCAAAGCAGGAGACCAUCAUUGAGGUGGAGUUAACUGAUGUGCAGAAGAAGUACUACCGUGCCAUUUUGGAGCGCAACUUCAGCUUUUUGAGCCUGGGAGCUAAUUCAAACAGCAACGUCCCCAAUCUCCUAAACACCAUGAUGGAGCUCCGCAAAUGCUGUAACCACCCUUAUCUGAUAACAGGUGCAGAAGAGAAGAUAGUAGCUGAGCUGAGGGAGAGGUAUGACCCCAUGGCUCCAGACUUCCACCUUCAGGCCUUGGUGCGCUCAGCCGGGAAACUGGUUUUGCUUGACAAAUUGCUGCCUCGUCUCAAGGCUGGUGGACACAAAGUACUUAUCUUCUCUCAGAUGGUGCGCUGCCUCGACAUCCUGGAGGACUACCUCAUCCACAAGAGAUAUCUCUAUGAGCGCAUUGAUGGUCGUGUAAGGGGAAACCUUCGACAGGCAGCCAUUGAUCGCUUCAGUAAGUCAGACUCUGACCGCUUCGUCUUCUUGCUGUGUACUCGUGCCGGAGGGCUGGGCAUAAAUCUGACCGCUGCUGACACCUGUGUCAUAUUUGACUCCGAUUGGAACCCGCAGAACGACCUUCAAGCUCAAGCACGUUGUCAUCGUAUUGGCCAGUCCAAGGCAGUGAAGGUGUAUCGUCUAAUCACCAGAAACUCCUAUGAACGGGAGAUGUUGGACAAAGCCAGUCUGAAACUGGGACUGGAUAGAGCUGUGCUUCAGAGCAUGAGUGGCAGUAAGGACAGUAAUGUCAACGGGAUUCAGCAAUUCUCCAAGAAGGAAAUUGAAGAUUUGCUGCGGAAAGGAGCUUAUGCUGCUAUCAUGGACGAGAAUGACGAAGGCAGUCGGUUCUGUGAGGAGGACAUUGACCAGAUCCUCCAGAGGAGAGCCACCACCAUCACCAUUGAAAGUGAGGGAAAGGGAUCCACUUUCUCCAAGGCCAGUUUUGUGGCCUCUGAAAACAGGACUGAUAUUGCACUAGACGACCCAGAGUUUUGGCAAAAGUGGGCCAAGAAAGCAGACAUAGACUUGGACAGCAUCAACAGGAAGAAUACUCUUGUGAUAGACACGCCCCGAGUGCGGAAGCAGACACGGCAGUUUUCCUCUCUGCGUGGGGAAGGUGGUGAUAUUUCGGACCUGGACAGCGAUGAAGAGUAUCCACCCCAUAAUUCUCGACAAGCCCGAGCUUCCCGCCGCUCCGAGCGUCAGGCCGGGGGAGGCUAUGGUCGCACGGACUGUUUCAGAGUGGAGAAACACCUGCUGAUUUAUGGUUGGGGCCGCUGGCGGGACAUCCUCUGUCAUGCUCGGUGUAAGCGCCGUCUAGGGGAGAAAGAUGUGGAGACCAUCUGCAGGGUCAUCUUGGUCUUCUGUCUGCUGCAUUACCGUGGAGAUGAGAACAUCAAAAGCUUCAUCUGGGAGCUCAUCACUCCACCAGAGAAUGGCCAAGAACCAAACACUCUCCUAAACCACUCUGGUCUGUCCAUUCCUGUGCCUCGUGGGAGGAAAGGAAAAAGAGUGAAGGCUCAGAGCUCUUUCGACAUACAGAAGGUCGAGUGGAUCCGCAAGUACAACCCCGACACGCUUCUGCUGGACGACAGUUACCGAAAACACCUCAAACACCAGUGUAACAAAGUAUUGCUACGAGUACGUAUGCUGUAUUACCUGAAGCAGGAGGUUAUUGGUGAUCAUGCGGAUUCUGUACUGAGAGGAGCUGAUAGCAGGGAUAUUGAUAUUUGGUUACCUGAAAUGGAACAACAGGACGUUCCAUCAGCAUGGUGGGAUGCAGAGGCUGACCGUUGCUUGCUUAUUGGGGUCUUCAAACAUGGGUAUGAGAUGUACACUACCAUGCGUGCUGAUCCCUGUUUGUGUUUCGUGGAGCGAUGUGGUCGCCCUGAUGAUCAGGACAUCAAGGCUGAACAGCACUCAGCAGAUCCAGAUCUGGGAGAUGGAGCUGACUUUGACAAAUAUUCAGAGGAUCCAGAGUUCAAGCCUGUGAUGAGGCACAGUAAAGACAUUUUUGGAGAGGCUGACUCGAGGAAUGCGGAUGAAAUCUGCGUGGACGAUCAUAUGAAUCCAGUCCCAGCUGAAGUGCAGUCCUCUUCAACGACCUGGCCGACGAGCUCAUCACUCACAGCACGACUACGGCGGCUAAUCACAGCAUACCAGCGCAGCUAUAGACGAGAGCAGCUCAAGAUCGAGGCUGCAGAAAAGGGGGAUCGACGACGCCGGCGCUGUGAGCAGGCCACCAAGCUCAAGGAGAUCGCACGGCAGGAACGACAGCAGAGGUGGACUCGUAGAGAGGAGUGUGACUUCUAUCGAGUGGUGUCCACUUUUGGUGUUGAGCGAAUAAAAAAUGAGGGGGAAGCACAAGAGGGGGAAGAGACCAAACUGGACUGGACCCGCUUCCGCACAUUUGCACGGCUGGAUAAGAAAACUGACGAGAGUCUGAGCCGAUACUUCCGCUGCUUUGUGGCCAUGUGCCGAAGGGUGUGUCACUUGCGACCUGCCCGUGGAGAAGAAUCUCAAGACUUGUCCCAGUCUUUAGCUCCCAUUACGGAGGAGCGAGCCUCACGCACACUUUACAGAAUCAGCCUGUUGUGCCGGCUGCGGGAGCGCAUCCUUCCCCACCCCUCCCUGGAGGAGCGCCUUCAACUUGCGCCGCCGAGCUCUGACCUGCCCACCUGGUGGACUAUCCCCCAGCAUGACCACGAGCUACUCCUAGGCGCUGCCCACCACGGCGUGAGCCGCACGGAGCAGUCGAUCUUCUCUGACCCACAGUUCUCCUUUAGCCAAGCCCGUCAGGACUAUCUCCUGAACCAGCAGAACCGUCAGGAACCUGCUGUCCAAAUCCAGAUGCACAACCAACCACCAGAGAAGACCAGCAUCAAAGAAGAGAGGUUAGAAGACGAGGCCCGGCUGCUGGGGAUGGAGUCCAUUUGUCAGUCAGACUCUCCAGCCGCUCCGAUCUCCUUCUCCGAUGGGAAGGGGAGAGGGCAGUCUACUUGGGACUGGAAGAAGAGCAGAGAGAGGGGAUCUAAAGGGAGAGAAAGGAAAGAAGGAGAUGGAGCUGGUGGAGAACCAUCAGACUCUGAUUCAGAUUCUGAUUCUGGUUCGUCGACAUCUUCUCAUUGUUCCGCCAGCUCAGAUGAAAGUGGGGACAGUGACGCGGAGAGAGAGCAAGCAGCUUUAAAAAUGUGUGAUGUGGAUGAAGAGAACAGCACCCUCUCAUUUACACCAUCUCAAGAUGGAGCUCCACCAGAAUCCCUCAGUGACUCCCACCGAGUGGAUUGGCCUAAGGAUCGUGUGUUGAUCAACCGAAUAGAUAACCUCUCUACUCUGGUUCUGACGGGACACUGGCAGUCAGGGCGGCGGUACACCUCAGAUCCUCAGCUUACCCUGGCCUCUGAUGAACAUGGGCUUGGAGAUGACCUGGGCUACUCUCGUGUAUCACGCAGAGGCAACAGCGCCCUCACUGGAGAGGCCACAGAUGGCCAGGAUACAGAGUUCACUGUCAAACUCUUGAAAGAGGAAGGGCUGAAGCUGACGUUCUCCAAGCAGGCUUUACUGCCUAAUGGGUCAGCAGGCGAAGCAAGUGGUCGUCGAAGGCGCAAAGACCAAGAGUUGACGGAGUCAGGCGGAGUACUUCAUGCUCCUCGUAAGCGGGACCUGCCCAACUGGCUGAAAGAAAACCCAGACUAUGAGGUGGAGGGUGACAUGCUAGAGCUGCUUGUGAACAGGACCAAAAGGAAGAGGAGAAAGAAGAAGAUAGAGAAGGAAGCAGUCCUAACCGGCAGUGAGAGGAUUAAAGUCAUAGACAUGAGAACUGGAAAGAAGUACGGUGGAAUAUAUGGACCUCCACUUCAAAACCUGAAGGAGUAUCUGGAAGAGAAUCCUGACCAUGCUGUAGCACCAGAAUGGGCAGAUGCUGUUCGCAACUCGGGCUUCCUUCCGGAAAGUUUCUUCCACAGACUGCUGAGCCUGCAUGCUUCGUUCCCCAAAAAGAGCCACCAUUACCUCUCCACCCCUUCGGCCCAGCCCGACCCUCUCCUCGGGGGAGUCGAGAGCGAGACGCUGGUUUCUGAUGGAGCUUACAUGAUGGACGAUGAAGACCUGGACGGCGGUGACCUCACUUCCACUCACCACUUCCUGACGCCUGCCUAUGACGUAAAGAUGGAGGCUGGAUCUCUCGACAUGGACGGAGGAGACGGUUUGUCGCAGGGUGGCUACGACAGCUCCGAUAGGGAAGCGAUUUUGGAUGACGUCAUCAUGGCACCUAAAAAUUCUGAUUCUUCCUCGAGCUCGGAGGAUUGACCACGUCUCACCUGUCCCCUUGAUGUAGUCCCCCAUAGAUCAUGACAUUCUUUUAUUAUAUCUACCCUUCCCCACCAAAACAAACAUGACUAUAUUAUUAUUGUUACUGUUAUUAUUUCUUCUUGCUUUUGAGGAAUUAUGGAUGAUUUUUUUUUUUCAGUCUUUGCAAAGUUGUCUUAAGUAGUUUCGAUGACGGGCAUCAUUCAUUUGAUUUACUCUGUACUGACUCUUCACUCGGCCCAUUGUGUAAACUCCACGCCCAGUAAAUUAAAAUGUAUGUCCUUCAUGUCUGUCGAACUAUCAUUCAGCAUUCCCUUCAUGUUCUGUGGCUGUGGGGAACCUCAGGCUGGACUGUCUGUUGAACGUCAUGCUGAAGAGUACAUAUUUAUAUACUAACCUGUGCUGAGCCAUGGUGGUACCUCAACCUAACUGCGGCUGCUCGUGCACCCAGUUCACCAAGUGAAGAACAUGGCUUUCAUUUAUUGGGUGUACAUUUUAUUUUAUUUUCCUAUUUUUGUUUUUUUGGGAUUGGGGAGGGCGCAGUGGGUUAGGUUCAGGGUUAGAUACUGAAACCGAGACUAAUGGGUUUAUUGUUCAGUGUAGAGUUGGUAAUAUGCCUGCAAUGAUGCAAAAAUUGAGUUUAUUCCUGUUUGAUGAAUUGACUCCAGCUGUCUCUGUGAUGUAAACAUGAAUAACAAUCGACCAUCAAAUCAAAAGUCUUGUUCUUAUUUCGGCGCGUGACGCCCAAAAUCUUUUUAUGUUAAAAUUACACUGUCGCCAAUUUUUUAACAUGAAUUAUAAUAUCAUGGCAUUUACAAACUGGUAUUAUUAUUAUUCCUUGAGUGCAACAUACUUUUCAUAGCUGACCUGCAUGAAUGAAGUAAGGGCUUCAGCAAGCCCCUGCACUGACUUUCUGGGGGCUCAAGGAGGAAAAAAGGACAACCUGAAUGUGAAUUAAUCCUGAUUCAGUUUACAGCGUGUUCACACUCAAAGAGAGUGUAACUCUGUUUCAAAGGAAAGCAAAUCUGCUGUUCAGAAGUUUCCCAAGACAGCCGAAAAGGGUAGCACUUCCACCCAAACAAGCAUUUUAACCCUGAUCUUCAGCAUUCCAGGCUGUGAUGUUACCCACUGUAUUAUCUGUUUGGUGUCAGUAGUAGGAGUUGUAUGAGAAAGUCUGGUAAAUAUAAGUUAGUUGAAUUUAACAUGGUGGAAAAAAUAAAACAUAAUAUAAAAUGUGCUAUAACUUUU